CUUGUUCUCCGCGAGCACUGGCGGAAGUGACAGAAGACUUCCAACAGACAUAUGAGACUUUGCAAACACAACAUAACCGUUUUGGAAAUUGCCGAAAGACUGCAUCGCUCGUUUUCCAGACAUGUCCACGGCCUACAAAAACAGAAUACAGGAAUUCAAAGUGGCCUUGAGUGAAGAGCACAUCAACCUGAAGGCACUUAGAGAGCUCUGCUUCAAUGGAGUCCCAUUUGAAGGAGGAAUCCGGGCACUUUGUUGGAAGGUCCUUCUUAACUACCUCCCUUUGGAUCAGACACUAUGGGAUUCUUUCUUGAAGAAGGAGAGAGAGGUUUACUCCCAGUUCCUGAAAGAGAUGAUCAUCCAGCCAGGAAUAGCAAAAGCUAACCUUGGUUUGUCCAGAGAAGAUGUGACAAUGGAGGAUCAUCCUUUGAAUCCAAACCCAGACAGCAGGUGGAACACCUACUUCAAGGACAAUGAAAUCCUACUUCAGAUUGACAAGGAUGUGAGGCGCUUAUAUCCAGACAUGGCCUUCUUCCAGCGUCCCACCGACUACCCCUGCCAGCUGAUUCUGGACCCCCAGAAUGAUUAUGAGACACUGCGUCGUCGAGUAGAGCAAACCACACUGAAGGCCCAGACUGUAAAUCGCAACCGUAGCGGAGUCACUAAUGUCAGUUCCCCGGGAAAGUCUUUGAACCUGUAUCCCUCCAAUGAAUAUGAGGUGUUGCCCAAUGGGACUGAGGCACAUUGGGAAGUGGUGGAGCGGAUUCUCUUCAUCUAUGCCAAACUCAAUCCUGGCAUCGCUUAUGUCCAGGGCAUGAAUGAGAUCGUGGGUCCAAUUUACUACACAUUUGCCACAGACCCCAACAGCGAAUGGAAAGAACAUGCUGAGGCAGAUACAUUCUUUUGCUUCACAAACCUGAUGUCAGAGAACAGAGAUAACUUUAUCAAGAGCCUGGACGACUCCCAGUGUGGAAUCACUUACAAGAUGGAGAGUGUGUAUUCCAUGCUGAAGGACAAAGACCUGGAGCUUUACCACAAACUGGAGGAGCAGAAUAUCAAACCUCAGUAUUUCACUUUCCGCUGGCUCACCCUGCUGUUAUCUCAGGAGUUCCUCCUGCCAGAUGUCAUCCGCAUCUGGGACACUCUGUUCUCUGACCAGGACCGCUUCCACUUCCUCAUUCUUGUCUGCUGUGCGAUGCUCAUACUCAUCCGAGAUCAUUUGCUGGCUGGAGAUUUCACUGUCAACAUGAGAUUGCUGCAGGACUACCCCAUCUCAGAUGUACACACCAUUUUGACUAAAGCCAAAGAACUGCGGGACAACCCUUAGCCUGCUCAUUUUUCUCCUGCAUCCUCUGCACAUUGUGGUCAGAGGAGAUGUGAGCAUUAAAAAUAAAUGUAUAAUUCAAAAAAACACUAGGAGAAUGGAAGCCUGGGCAUAUGUGCUGCUUUUGAACUCCACAUCUGAAGUUAACUGGAGUUGGUCGUUUUUCUCCCGCUGGUGAAUCAUCUCUCCCAUGGAGACACCAAGACAUCAGUGGCAGCCGGAGCCAAGUCACAGCUACACAGCCAGUCAGCUUUUGUUGUUUAAAACAUUCCAGAAACAUACAUCGGAGCCGACAUCUUAAACAAGUCCUUCUGCGGCAGAAUGAGUUGCAUGUUUGUCUUUUUUAUGUUUUUAAUCAAAUUUUUUAUUGUAAUUUCUAUUUACCUUCGUUGUAUGGCAAUGUUGUGAAACUGGAGUCAGUAUUUCCAAAUGAAAACAUAGUAAAACGUUUGAGUGCUAUUCAGGAUGAAGUACUUUUGUUUUUUAACAGUGUGCCUUUUUUUGUCCUACGUUGGAUUGAA